UUUCUCUGGGUUUCCCUCCCCUCCUCCAGAACCCACUGCAUUCCCUGAGAUGUUGAGAACGGGGUGCAGGGACAGGGGCGGUGGGGGAAGUGGCUGGUCGGACUAAUGCUGGGAUGUACAGUGAAGAUUGUGGACCUUGUAGCUUUCUGCUUGGCAAUGGUUUCCUGUUUCAGAAAGGACGAGGGGGCGACCAGGUGAGGGAGAGGGGAUUUUGCUGAAUAAGGGGUGACCCACACCCUCCACCUUCCCGGACUGAACCCUGGUGACUUUGGGAAACCGAGGUGUGUGUGGGAAACCGGAUGACAAGCGACUCCCGCCUCCAGCUCUAGGCUCAUCUCCCCAGCUCCUAGCGGCGCAGAGCCUGGUGAAGGUUUGGGGGAUUGGCCUUCCUGGGGCCUCUCAUAUCGUCACGUUGCCUCAGAGGGUCGGGGGACACUCUCCGGGGAAGGUCCCUGGCGAUGGCGAGACGGUGGAGCUGAUCUCGGGAUGAGGUGGCUCGAUUGUGAUCACUCUUCCCUUGCAGGAAAGCGCGGGUCCUUGUGAAUCGGAGCCAGCGGCCGUUCCAGAGACCAGGGCCCGAGUGAAUGCUUUUACAGGCCGACACCAUGAGCGACAGAGUGGGUGAGCCAGGCAAGGAGGCGCCGAGGGGCGAAACCCAGGCCCGGGAGGCCAGGACAGAUCCCUCCGGUACAACCGCCUCGACUUCUGUGUCCCCGGGAGAAGGGAAACUGUCUCCGGGAGAUCCCGAUUAUUGCAGGAGGAUCCUAGUCCGAGAUGCUAAAGGGACUAUCCGUGAGAUUGUUCUGCCGAGGGGGUUGGAUUUGGACCGGCCGAAGAGAACACGGACUUCUUUCACAGCAGAGCAGCUUUACCGCCUGGAGAUGGAAUUCCAACGCUGUCAGUAUGUGGUGGGCAAGGAGCGCACGGAAUUGGCCAGGCAGCUCAGUCUCUCUGAGACCCAGGUCAAGGUCUGGUUCCAGAACAGACGCACAAAGCAGAAAAAGGACCACAAUAAGGAUUGUGAUCGCCGUUCUGCCAGUGCUUCAGAAUCCAUCAGCACCUGUAACAUCCUGAGACUUCUGGAACAAGGGAGAUUGAUGUCCAUCCCUCCGGCUCCCAGUUUGAUCAUUCAAGGAGUCGGUCCUCUUGGAUCUCCAGUGGGUGACAAUUGCAGCCUGGGGUCCUCCAGCAGCAGCUCGCCUGGGGUGACUGGAGUCUCUUUCAGCCUCUCCGCACUUCCCCAGUCCACCAGCUCACCCCACUGCCAGCAAGGUACUUCUCCAUGUUUCACAAAGCCACCACUAGGCACCACUGCUGAGCUCUCCUCCAGCCACAGGGCGGGUAUAUCAGCCUUUGAGCCUUACACACGGACUGAGGGAGACACUGGUGCCACAGAGAAAAGGCCAAGCUCGUAGAGAGACAGCGAGAAGCGGGGAAAGAAAAGAGAUUCUCUCAACAUGUUCCUGUUCCAUCUUGUGUUUUGAGUCGUACCAAUGUUCAGUUGAUGUGAUGGUGAUUCUGAUGCAAAUUCCUUCCCCCAGCACAACACAGACAGGGAGAACUAAUCAAAAUCCAACAAAUCAUUCUCUUGGCAACAACCAGGAGCUGACACUCUAUAGUUCACGGCCGGGUCACCGGGUCCCAUUGUCCAAUCAAUGGAGGCUAUGCCCACCAUCUUGCUGUUGGCUAAAUGGUUUCAGUGUAGCAAUGUAGGAAUUCAGAGAUUUGGGAAGGAUACAAAGUCAUGUAGUGAACCUUCUCCCAUCCUGACUGUUGCAUUCUGCAGUAUCAGUGGAGUUAUGGAUCUUUUAUAGCUAUAGAUGAGGGCACAACCGACAAUGAUGUGAGGAAAAACCACAGGGGUGGGAUGGGGCUUUUACAUUAAUGAUGGGCCCAAACUCACCUGUAUAUCCCAAGCUUGUUCCACUCAAGCAAGGUGGACAUUCCAAGAUUAUUUUUAAAGGCAGUGGAUGAGGAGCAUGGGUGGUGGGGUAGCAGGGUGGUGUGAAAAUUGAUUGACCUUCCUCGGCAUUCUGCAACCAACCCCAACCCCCUUUCCUAUCCAUUAAAUACUCCAAUGGACAGGGGAAGAACGAAGUGGGAAUCAGAGCCCCCUCCGGUGUGAGAGACUCAGAACAGGCAGUGCCUUACCUGUCCAAACAGGUAAGGGGAGCGGAAGUGGACUGGUGCACCUUGAAACAGUUGGCCUUGUCCUAUUGCUUGUUAGUUCCUGGAUGGGGAGGGAGGGAUUGUAGAGAUUUCAUUAUACACUUCACACCUCUCCAAACACAUAUCAGCUGGCACUCUCUGUCUCUCCCUCUCUCUCUCUCUCUCACUCACUCAGUCUGUCUGUCUCCGUGCUGCCACAGCAUCAGGUAAGUUCACAGUCACUGCUGACUGGAAUUUAGUCGCACUGUAAGAAAAUGCUUUUGCAGUCAAAAGAGUUGAUUUUGAACAUAUACAAAAACAGACUGAGUGGUUCAGGAAAUGCCUCAUUUACCACCACCCCCACCUUCCAACCAGGAGUCUCGACAGCAAUUAUUAAAUUAUAACUUAUUCAACAAA